AUGCAGUCAACGCCGAGCAAUAUGCCAACAUCGACGGCCCAGACCUCAAAUCCGUCUUCGCAAACUCAAAUGGCAUAUGAACCACAAUAUUACUACGCAGCUCCGAUGACUACAGGAACUCAACCUUACAUGCAGACAGCAGCAAAUGGACAAACCUACGCGGCUCCACAAUAUUAUCAGGAUGCGAAUGGACAACUUGUUGCGCUUCCGGCUCAAAAUGGGCAAAUCGUCAUGCAAGAGUACCCAAACCAGCAGUUCAUGUAUAUGCAGGGACAACAGGGGCCGAAUCAAGGAAUACCACCGAACGGAGCUCCUCAGAUGAUGGCACCAACACCCCAGCCUCAGAUAAUUUAUUAUCAGCAACCAAUGGGUCCGAUGCCAACUCAGGCGCCUGUUUACUAUCAACCGGUGCCAGCGAACGCGCAAAUGAUGCCAGAGCAAAUGGGAAUGCCGCAAACAAUGCAGACAGUUAUUCCUGCCCAGAUACCGAUGCCGCAAGGUCGCCUACCUGGCGAAAUGGGAAAAUAUGGCUCUGCUCGAGGUCCACUUACAUCAUCGACUCCGCUUCCAACUAGCAUGGAGUAUGAGCAAAUGCAACGUGAAAACAGAAGCAAAAAUAUUCAUUUUCGUUAUAACAGAGCCAUUGAGGCAGAAGAUGAUUAUGAACAUAUGUUGCCGAUUGACGAAAUCUCUAAAAUCACAAUUGACAACGCCAACGAUGAAACGAUGAGCGCUGAAAAAGAAAAUCAUGUGGAACAUCAUCCGAAAUCGGAGAAACUCUCUCGUCGUGGUGGCGGUUUCAACUCGCAAAAUGUCUUGAGCCAACACUCGAUGGCGCAGAAUCAAGUUCCAAUCAACUACAAAACUCGGUUGUGCAUGAUGCACGCGUCCGGCACGAAACCCUGUGAAAUGGGCUCACGGUGCAAAUUCGCGCACGGUCUGAAAGAACUUCGUACAGUGGAGAUGCCCGUCCGUGCAACGAAUAACAAAUACAAAACCAAAUUGUGCAAGAAUUUUGCCCGUGGAGGUUCCGGCUUCUGCCCAUACGGUUUAAGAUGCGAGUUCGUUCAUCCAACUGACAAGGAAUUCUCCAAUAUUCCCCAUUAUCAACGAUUGCAAGUUGACGAACAUUGUUCGGAUCCUGACAUGACGCCGGAUACCGAAGAUUUCAUUACAUCAAAGCAUCAACGAAUGAUGCAACAUCAUCGCAGUUCGGCAAGAAAUAGCCAACCAACGAAGGUUCUUCUCAAACAUCGUAAUGUAGCUGGUUCGAUGAUGUGCCUUUCGCAAACCGGACGGGAAGCAACUGCUGCUGGUGGUGAUUUCAAUCGUCCAAAUAACAGCCACGACAGCAAUUUGCCGCCACAUUUAAGAGCCAACCGCGCUUCUAGCUCAACAAAUGGAAUGAUGGCAAAACUUCCACGGCGGGUGUCGAUGUCGCAGUUGAAGACGAAAUGGACAUCUGAGGAGAAUCUUGUACGCUAUUAA